CGCCUCCUUGGUACCUUUCCUGGAAGACAACACUCACAUUAGCCUACUACAGAUACAGCUUUAUUGCUCUCUAUCUUCCUGUCUGUCCCAAGUAAUGGACUGCAUUCCUGUUCCGAUCAUCUGCUUCCAAUGCGGGACUGAUCAAAAUCCCUGCCAUUGCAAGGUUGUUGGCCCUACAAUAGGAUUUGGUGUAACAGUUGUCAUGGCGGUGUUCUGCUGGCCAGCUGCUCUUCUAUGCUGUUGCUGCGCGACAGACACAGGAAAAGCGGUCCUCGCCGCUCCAGUCGAUACCGGCAACGCCAUCAGCAAUGCAAUUCCCUUUUAAUCCCUAGGCUUUGCAUGAUCAUUCAGGGCUCCACUUGCUCUAAGAUAUGAAGUAACGACGGCACGGCAGUGUAUACAUGGAUUAGCGGGGGUCUCGGCUUGGUCCCAGGUCCUUGGCAAUGAAGGUUUCGGUCUUGACUUAGAAUUCCACCUCGAAAUAGC